CUUGCCUCGCCUGGGGAUGUAAGGGUUACAACCAUAGAGCACAGCACUCCUCCGUUGCCUAUUGAGAAGCAGGAAGUAUUUACAGGCAGGGGGACAGGACGGGGGAGGUUGGCGGACUUCAGAAAUAAGGGACUUCCUACUCCCAGCAGUCCAUUACCCUGGAGCCUGUUGUCUGCUCCUUGGGGCUGGGGGAGCAUCUAGUAGCCAAAGUGCCUCAAUCCCUGCUUCCAAUGAUCCCUCCCGGGCCCUUGCCAGAGAGCAUAAGGCUAUAAAAUACAGCUCUUUGCUGCCAGUGGGAGAGGUGAGUCAGGGAUGGGGGAGCCUACCAUAAUGGGAGAGGGUGGAAAUGCAGCUCCAGGGGAGAGGGGGAGGGAGAAAACAACAGCUGAGAGGCAAGAAAUUACUGCCCGUGAGGCCGGGCUGCGGCAGAAAGGGGCUCGCAAGGCUGGACGAUGAUGACUGAAAAAGGAAAGAAAAAAACACAAACCAUCUCCGAGACAGCGCACAGGGGUCUGUGCGGCUCCAGCCCGGCAGGGUCCCCUACCGCUGUCACAAAGGCUGGGGCUAAAUAGCGGCAUGUGGGUUGCCCGAGAGCCCCUGGGGGAUUUGUUCUUGUUGUAGCCCCACAUGCUGUCAGUUAACUGUCUGCAGGAGAGGGGUCAUUGGGGAGGCAGCGGAGAGGGCUAAAUGCUGGGUUGUUGCAUGUCCCCCUAGCAGGCAUCCUUCCCUACAGAUCUCCGCGAAACUCGAUUGUUUCGCAUUGGCCUAGGAACACUGAUGCGAGGAUCCCAAAAUUCAGCCCCCUCUGCUUUUUCUGUCUCUUCCUCCUCUCUCUGUUUCUGCUCUGUGCCUUCAGCAGAUCUUGCUCCCAUUUUUUAUUGCCUCUGUCUCAUCUCUCUACUCUCACCUCCCUCAUCUUUGUCUUCACUAUUCUACUUCUCUUCUUUUUCCCUUUCUCACUUCCCUCGCCUUAAAAUCUUUAUGAGGACAGGCUCAGUGGUUUGUGCAAGUGAAAGGGUGUCGAGGGGGACCGAACACAUCCCAUGAUAUCAGCGAGUGCAGGUGAUGGGAACAUGAAUGAAAAUGAGGAGGAAGAUCCUCAACAAGAAGGUCCCAAGCCAGUGGAAGCCCCUGGGACAUUAUCAGACUUUUUCAUAAGGGAAGCUUUUCCGAGUUCUGACCAGGACAAAGCCUGUGAAAGGCAGGAGAUAUGUUCUCCGGAGAAGAGACAGGAAAAACCUAUUCGUUGUGAAAGAGGCUUCAGGAAACGCAAAGACACCAUCGUUCACCAGAAGACUCUCCUGGGCGAGAAGCCUUACAUAUGUAUUGAAUGUGGGCAGAGCUUCAACCGGAGCUCGGACCUCAUCCGCCAUCAGCGGAUCCACACUGGCGAGAAACCCUAUGUGUGCACCGAGUGCGGGAAAAGCUUCAGCCGGCGCUCGCACCUUAUCCAGCACCAGAGAAUCCACACGGGGGAGAGACCCUACCAAUGCAAAGACUGUGGGAAGAGCUUCAGCCAGAGCACGCAUCUUGUGCAGCACCAAAGGAACCACACCGGAGAGAGGCCCUAUGUGUGUGCAAAGUGUGGGAGGAACUUUUACCAGAACUCGGGGCUCAUCAGACAUGCCAACUUCCACACGGGUGAGAAGCCCUACAAAUGUCCCGAGUGUGGGAAAUGCUUCAGUGACAGCUCCAACCUCAUCGCGCACCAGCGGCUGCACACAGGCGAGAAGCCCUACAAAUGCACGGACUGUGACAAAUGCUUCAGUGAGAGCUCCAAGCUGAUCAUCCACCGCCGGACCCACACGGGAGAGAAGCCCUACAUGUGUCCUGAGUGCGGGAAGAGCUUCAGCCAGAGAUCCCACCUUGUCCAGCACCGCAGGACGCACACAGGAGAGAAACCAUACAAGUGCUCCGAGUGUGGGACGAGCUUCAGCGACAACUCCACCCUGAUCCGGCACCGCAGGACGCACACUGGGGAGAAGCCCUUCAAAUGUGCGCAGUGUGGGAAGAGUUUCAGCCGCAAUUCGUACUUGGUGUCGCAUCAGAGAGUGCACGUAUGGUAGGGAGCAGCAGUGGCUCGGUCCUUGGGCAAGUAUGGUACCAUGCAGGCACAUGAAACAACUGCAGCGACUGGGGGUGUGGGUGACUGAAUCAAAGAGGAGGGUGGAACAUAUUCCUGGGAUGACAGGCAAUGUUUGGGGUCACAGAGUGGUGGGAGCCAAGGAGCUGUGUGCUGGAACAUGGAUGAAUCAGUCUGGAAUCUCAGACCUGGCAGGUGAUGAAAUGACAAGGUCAAUUUUCCUGUUUGUUUUGGUGUUUGUUCCUUUUUAAAAUUAUUUUAUUUUGAAGUGAAGGAAAAAAUGCCAAGCGGUUAUUUGGCUCUGGGUCACAUCUGCAGCUUAUAAGAUUGUGGCACACAACUUGCAGCCUUCUGGUGACACCUCAGUUUUGCAGAAUUUAAGUUCUCCUCUCUGUGCCUAUAUUAAGUUUGUAGCCCUUACAGUUGUGAAGAAUGACUUCAGAAUGUGACCCAACAUAGUGCUAAUAACCGCCUGCAUCUACAGGCAAAUAAGCGGGAAACCACUCCAAGAGAUGCUCCGCUCUUCUGUUUAGGGUGCUAACAUUGAAGACUCACCAUGAAACAUGUAAAUUGUAAUAUAUUUGACUGUUUUACUGCUAGUUAUUUUAGCAAAAGAAUCAAGCUCAUGUGUUUAUCCAGCAUGGCUGGAUAUCCUAGAAAUUAGGAAUAGAGAAGACAUAUUAGUUCUGUGAUGUGCUUAUUAUUUCUGUAAUUGGCUCCAUGGCUUCACAAUAUCUCCAGAAGGGUGGAGUACUGGUGAGAGCCAAUGGAGGGUCUGGGGAGCAGGAGAAUAAAGAACUCCUGUGUGUGCUAAAGCUACAGAGCAGAUCCAGGAGUUUGAGCAAUUGCUGGCCAAGAAAGCUUAUGAAAGGCUCAUUCUGUAGCUAGCUCGGCAAAACUUGCCACUCUCUAAGGGAUCAGAACUCUCUGGGAGCCUGAAGCCACUUCUGGGCUCUCAACAGAUGACAAAAUAUUAUUUUAAUGUAUUUUGAAAUAUUAAACUUUGAGGGGAGCAGGGAACUUGCUUGCAACUCAUGGAGGAGCAGGAACCUUUGUUUCCUGCUGCUCGAGGAAGUGGAGGAAUGUUCUGGAGUGGAUGCCUUUCUCUGAAGCUGCAUGGGAUCAGAGGCUUUUGCUUGCAACUGCAAGUAUUUUCCAUGGACAACUUCAGACCAAUGGGUUUUUGGUUUUGACUUCCCAACAAAUGCUCCAGAUAUCUGAUUGAGAGAGUCAGACAGAUGCUUAAUGGAUCCAGAAAUUCCAGGACUCAUUUGCUCGACGUACUUUCAAAGGGCAUACAUGCUUUUCAAUUUGCCGACUCAAGGAUUAAGCCAAAGUUCAGCUAAAGUUGACUGACUUAACAGUCUGCUCUUUUCACAUCCAAAUUGGAUGAAGGAAACAUACUGAACCUUGGUAAAUGCCUGCUGCAUGGCCAAUCUGACAGCACUCUAGAAUUCAGUGAUGGGGACUGCAGUUUGGGGUAGUUCCAGUAAAUGGAACUUUUCUGUUAUGAAUCUGAAUAAAUCAAAACACUGCAGCCAAUUAAUGGACUCAAGCCAGCAACUCCUAAUGCUCAAGACCAACUCAAAGGAAAACCCUGGCAUCAAGAAUUUGGUCUCAGAGAAGCACUGGCACUUUCCUCACUGAAAACUUCUUUCCCUGCAGUCCUCUGAGCAUAUGUUGUCCUUCUAUGUGCUUUGUACGGUGCUUUGUACAUUUAACAGUGCUCUCUAAAUUAAAAAUAACUGUGUGCAUUUAUUUCUG